AUGCUAUUUGCUGGUAAAUUUAACAAGCGCUGCAAGAGUACAGGACUUACAACCUUCAUCACAGAACCUGGCGAUAUCAACACUAAUCUCGCUCGUGAUGUUGAGGCUGAAGACACUGCAGCUCAUACCGAAGCGGUGUUUGAUCCCAAGGUUGCCUCGAAGUCUGGAUCAUAUAAGGAAACUGUCAAGUCGCCAUGA